AUGUCGGUACUAAACGAACGCGUCAUUGCUUGCAUUAGCUUAUCUUCAACGACACCCGCAUCCCAACUGCAUCCUCAAUUGGACAAGGGAAAUGCUUGGGAAAUGCGGUUUGCUUAUCGUUAUGCUCUAUACAGCUGCACCAUUCCAUGCGUCGAUUGUAUCGGAUGCCAUCGCAGACGGGGCCUUCGGGGCACUGUCGUGCCUAAAUAUCUAGCAGGUUGUAAAGCGAUCACUACCAUUCUUCCCCGACUAUCCACUCCGGGGAGCACAUCUUGUGUAUGGUACCCAGUGUGCAAUUCUCCCGUAGGCAACUCCUAUGAUGAGGGUGAUGACAGUCGAUCUCCCUCAUAUGGAACUAUUUGCAACGUCAGUUACCACAAUCGUCAAUUCGUCUUGGCCGAACGCUGA